CUCAGCAAUUCCUUCUGCCAUCCUGCAAGGGGACAGCUUGGUGUUGCCUCAGCGUGAGGUAUCCCAGUGUGUGAGGCUGUGCCAGCCCUGUGCCCGGACACGACAUCCCCCCAGGCUGGGACCCCUGCCCCGUAGGGAGAGGGAUGCCCUGCACCCCAGUGCCCCAGCCCGGGGGGACCUGGUUUAUCCCGGGGAUAGGCGACGGCGGGGCGACAGCUGGCUGGAGGAUUUGCCGAGGGCAUUAUUUAACGCUGUGGGUAAAUGGAGGAACAGCAGCUAAUUCCGGAGCCCGUAAUCCUCUUCCUCCCCCGGGAACGGGGAGCGUGCCAGUCACGAACCCACCGGCGGGCCCCGGGGACGAGCCCCGGCAGCUCCCCAGGCGGUGCCGCGGGCCGCAGCGACUCCCAGACCAUGGGGGAUGUGCAGAAGGUAAGCGGGAAGGGACCCGGCACCCCACAGGGCUCCCCCAGCACCCCCUGCCCCCAGGGGCUGCUCUCUGUCAUCCAGAAGCUGAAGGGAUCCCCGGAGCAGGAGCUCCGCAUCGUCCUGCUGGGGCUGGACAACGCGGGCAAGACGACGCUGCUGAAGCGCCUGGCGUCCGAGGAGGUCAGCACCAUCACCCCCACACAGGGAUUCAACAUCAAGAGCGUGCAGUCCCACGGUUUGAAGCUGAAUGUUUGGGAUAUCGGGGGGCAGCGCUCCAUCCGCCCAUACUGGAAGAAGUACCUGGGCAGCACAGACUUGCUGAUUUAUGUCAUUGACAGUGCUGACCAGAAGCGUUUUGAGGAGACAGGGCAGGAGCUGGCAGAGCUCACAGAGGACGAGUCCCUCACGGGGGUCCCGCUGCUGGUGUUUGCCAACAAGCAGGACCUGGUGACUGCAGCACCUGCAGCUGAAAUCGCAGAGGGGCUGAGCCUGCACACCUACCGGGACCGGGAGUGGCAGAUCCAGGCCUGCUCAGCCCUGUCUGGGGAAGGGGUGCAGGAUGGGAUGAACUGGAUUUCCAGCCAGAUCAUGAACAGGAAGAAGUGAGAGCUGCAAAGUGCCAGACGGGACUGAGCUGCAGGUCCCUAUGCCAUGGCCAAUCCCCCUGGUCCCUCGGUUCCCCCCCGAGCCUCGGCUAGGCCCUGAGCCUCGGACUGCCAUGCUCGGAUGAUUUUCCCCACCCAGUCUUCCACUAAUCAAUUGGCUUCCCCUCUCCCUGCCUCCUGGGCCUCCACGGGCUCCUCACACCCCUGACUCCCCGGCAGCCCCCGUGCUGUUGGAGGGAAGCACGUGUCCCACCGUGCCGAGGGCUUGCACACCUCCAGCAUGAGAACCUGCCCAGGACUUGUCCAUCUUGGCUGCUGUCACACCCCACAGGGGCUGCUGUGACCCACACACUGCCCUGGGCACCCUGACACGGUGCUAGCUACACUGCCAGGCCCCCGAGUGCCGUGUCCCCCUGUGCUCCUGCAGGAUGGUACCAGUGCUGCCCCAGCCGUGGCAGCUGCUCGGGAAAGCCUCUGUUCGGCACCUCUCGCUGGCCAGAGGAGUUCCCAUGUGCGCACAGGGCUCGGGACAAGCAUGAAGACAAGACCAGCCACCACCGAAGGGAUCGGCCCGGCGCCAGCGGGGGCUGCUCUGUGCCGCCCAGGGGUCCCUGUACCCUGUCCCCGUUGGUACCACACGCGUUGUGUCCCAGCGGGGCUGCUGUCGCCGGGCUGGAGGUGCCCAUCCGGAGGGCUGGGAGGUUCCGCUCCCUGGCCCCCACGGCUGCCGUGGCGGAGGGGUGGGGGGACACCUGCGACCCUCAAUAAAGCUGCUGCGACCUCCA